CUCUCAACCGUGCGUCGUGCGUCUUUACAUCGCUCUGUCAAGAUCAUGUGCGUGAUGUAGAUAGACUCAAAGUCGAGCUUUGUUGCAUUUUUCUCAAUCAGGGUGCUACGAUGGAUUUUUCUGGGCCUCAGGGCGUGCCGUUCUGUUUCGAUUUUGUGCCUCUUCAAGAUACAUAAGUAAAACUCACGAUUUUUAGCCCAUGAGCAUUGAUAUCGAUCGAGAUGGGUUUUCCGUUUUCACAUACAGGAUUUUUUGGGCAACAUGGAGCGUCGGGAUUGAUUGAAGCAGCGGUAGGUGCUCUUGCCGCCUUGAAGCCGCGGCCAGAGCACGAAGCUUCUUCGUUGCCUCGCGUUUCGGUUCGAAACCGGUUCUGCAUUGUCACUGGAGGCAACCGUGGCAUCGGCUACGAAACCGCGCGGGGACUGCUACGGGAAGGAGCAAUUGUCGUGGUUGGAGUCCGUGGUCCUCCGCCGAAUUCGUCUUCGAGCUUUGUUCCCGUGGGCAACGCAUGUGACGCAGCGCGAAGACUCGCUUUUUCGUCGGCAUUAAAACUGCGUUUGGCGCGCCAGGUGGCCUCGGAUGUGUGCUUCGAUAGGUAUGGAAGAAGUACUAGCGAAGCAGGAGAGCGACGGGCUGAAACGAACUGUUUCACUCACGACAAUGACUACCAGCAGAUGCAGCAGCGCGAGCGCGCAUCCAUACCUGUGUUGGAUUUUGUAGUACGUUCCGUCUUACUCGGUUCCGGAUGGGGAGGCGACUACGGUCGUGGAAACCUGAUGCGUGCCCUUCUGGAAGAGGAGCUGAAAUUUGCGCUUUCGAAAACCAGAAACAAAGCAGUAGGGCGGAAUAUAUCCCCUUCCGACCUGGAGCUGCAAAUUAUUCGCGGCGACGUGGAGAAGCGGAUUGAGGUUGCGCGGGACCUUGAAGCCGACGUGCGGCGUUCCCUGGUGGAGCGAAUAGCGCGAAGGAUCAUUGUCGUGCCGCUAGACCUGGCUGAUUUCCGCUCCGUGAAGCGCUUUGGCAAGGAAACAAAGAAGGCCAUGGUCGACUACGUGAACGCGGAAAAGCAGGUGUGGGCGCAGACCAAUUUUGACAUCGGCAGGGACGACGAGGUAUGUAGUUGGACUCCAUUGCUUUAUUUGAGCCCUGCUGGAACACCGAAUAAGAUAGAAAAUUUUCGCUUAUUUAACCUGAAGUACUUCUCCCCUCGUAGUCGUUGGUAUAAACGGUUUUUUGCGUGGUCUUCAAGAAAUCUGUUCAAUUUACAGGCCUCCACAUCUCGCGGGGACCAUAGCCUACUCCCUGAUGGGACGACCGACCUGGAUGUAGAAAACGUAAGGCUUUUGCAGGAAGAGGUGCAAGAGCGCUUCCACGCGCUCAUCUGUAACGCCGCCGCAUGGAGUCCUGGGGAAACCCCUUUUGCAGUCAACUGCCUGGGCCACCACCACUUGAUCAAUAAGCUUUCGAAGGGCGAAGACGGGCACAGCUACUCGGUGUUUGGUAGUUCCUUGAAAGCGAGCCACUUUUCCGUGGCGCCCGCGUUCGAACCUCCUGCGCAACCGGACGAGGAGGAUCAAGCCGCGGCCGAGAGCAGCCAGGUGAGACCGCGCGUCGUCUUCGUCACCUCGCGUUUGCUGCAGUUCGGAGAUUUGCCGAGCAACCUUUCACGGCGGCUGGGCCUUGCCGAUAGAGAAGGUGGGGAGACGAGCACGCAAAUUACGGGAAGGGCGGAAGAAAUGGCGUUUUUUCGCGACGACGAACAGGUAAUUGUGAAGUUUUGAGUUCUAACAGAACUACAUUUUUGCCUGCCCGUGUGCAAAGAAAAUUCUCUGGAAGGCAGCAGCGCCGUCGGUCUAACGUGGUGCUUACAGUGCAUCACUUAUCUGGAAAGAUAUUGCAUGAGUGCAUUGACUGCAUGAUACAUAUAUAUGCAGCUGUAGUUGCACUACAUCUACUACUCCACAAAGCAGAGACAAUCCCAAACAGGCGUCGGCGGUUUCCUCGAAGUCGUACAUGGAUUCGAAACUGGUUAACGCACUCCAAGUAUCAACUGCAAAAAUGUCUGGGUCUGGAAGAUUGCAACUUGUCAUGCUGUUUUUGGACUCUAAAAAAAUUUGUAUUGCAUGACCAGCAAGAGCGGCCCAGUUUUUGCUACACGGACAGGGCAUUUCUCAUGCGGAAGGUGCAUCAGGAAGCCCUCUAAAAGUCUGCGAUGCUAGGUCAAGCAUCACAGGCAUCGCGGGUCAUGAGAAAUAUGCAUGACAAGUCUCCAUACUUCCAGACCCAGACACUUUUGCAUUUGAUACCAAGCGCGAGCGUAUGCUGCAUUGUUUUCCCAUGCCGUCGACAGUCUUUUCGUAUGCCCAGGCUGGUGCAUGAGCGGCCCGAGCAACCGGGGUAGCAAGCGAGAUCAAGCUUCCGACACCUCCGCAGAGUCAUUCCUUUGUCCGUUCGCGAGUCAACACGCGGCAACAGCACCUCCUUCCAAGAGUGAAGAAUCCGAGCCCUCCAGUUGUAUCAAAAGGAGUGACCGAGGCGUCGCCCGUCGGUGGCUUUCAGUGCCGGCGCGGAUGCUAGGACUCCCUACGAAACUACCGCGAACGCCGGCAGAGGGAGCUAUGGACGUUGUCGUGGCAGCAACGAUGGAGAUUCCUGCUCCGUCUCCAGCCGCGCCGCGCCUGGUCAACGCCAACCAGGUUUUUGCAUCCGCGGGACUCUGUUGUAGCGUCAUCGGUUUGAGCUAGCUAGUACACAAAGCAUUCCACUCCGCGCCCGGGUCUAGCGCAACCUCCGGAGGAAUACCACGGGCGCCGCGGCUCUGACUGUUUUGGCAUGAUAUGGCGGUGAUGUUGGCGACCUUUCGCCAUGAAGUCUGUCAUGCAAGGCGUGCGCCAUGUGUCGGCAUAUGAGCCUAUGCGACAACCCCCCGAAAGGUCCGCGCAACUCUUUACCAUAUCGCCACCUUAGAACAGUAUAGGCUCGCUGCGUUUCUAGUCAUUGCGCUGCAGCUUUUGAGCCAUCUCACGAAGUUCUCUCCAUGAAGCAGAAAAGCUGUGACUUCGAGGAUGAGGAAAGUUGGCAAAUUUAGGGCACCAAAGUGCCCAAGUUUUGCAGUCACCCAUAAAACCGUUAGCACUUUUUAGAAUGGGCGGUAUGAUCGCCCCAGCCUGCCAAAAGCAGGCAUUUUUGUAUGAAAAUGCCAAAAAAUGACCGUUAACACUUUUUAGACAGCACGCUAUGGUCGAUUUAUCCUCCCCAGAGCCCGCGCUUCUUGGCCUGCAGGAUUUUGGACAGGGUAAGUCGAUCAUAGCAUGCUGUCUGAAAAGUGUUAACGGUUUUUCUGGGUGACUGCGAAAUUUGGCCUCAAAUUGAUAGCAAAUCAUGGAUUUUUUCGGCGGAAUUCCCUAUGACCCGAAAAAACCGUUAACACUUUUUAGACAGCACGCUAUGAUCGAUUUUGCCUGCCAAAAGCAGGUCCAUCCUCAGUGUCGAUAGCGGGGGCGAGGAUGGUGGCAACUCGAGACCAUCUCUCAAUGAGGUGGCUUGCAGUAGCUGCCGUCCACGAAGCGUCCCCAAACACUUGAAAAGCAGGCUCCGAUGACACCGACCUGGUGCGGAGGCGCUGCGACCGGGUCCAGGAGCCCAAGUGGCGCGGAAGGUUCGCCAUGGAGCGGCCCCGGUGGGCGAAGUUCGGCGCCGUCAGGCCUUGUGCACCAGCUAACUCAAACAAAGUUAGUCACUCAGAGUCCCACAAUAGUGAAAAAAGUGAGCGGGGCCCUUUACGCAUUCAUGUGAUGCCGGCAGGGAACCCACAAAAAAUUUUUAAUGCCAAAAAUGCCAAACCGUAACGUUAACACUUUUUUGUUCGAUAUCCGUCUCCAGCCGCGCCGCGCCUGGUCAACGCCAACCAGGUUUUUGCAUAUGUGGUCCGUCAAAGUAGCUUCCGUGAAACUUUUAAUCGAAGAGCAGAGCUUAGAGGUUUAAGCGUCUUUAGGCUUAAUUUGAGAAAUCGAAUGCUUUGAGAUUUUAGCGUUUAAGCAUUCGAGUGCUUAAUUUAAGAACUCGGACAUUUUUCAGUUUAAGCGUUCGAGUGCUUAAAAUAAGAAAACAGCAGAUUGAAAUUUGCGCGAGCAAAUUUGAAUUUGCUCGCAGGUUUUUGAAAUUUGCUCCGGAGCUUCUGCAAGAAGUCUAGAAAUAGCGACUCGAACGCUUAAAGUCACCGAAAAAAGAGUAGUCGUUUAGACAUUCGGAUGCUUAAAUGAAGAGAAUUUUUGCAACCGCCCGAGCAAAUUUCAAAAAUGGCAGAGCAAAUUCCAAUUUGCUCGCGCAAAUUUCAAUCUGCUGCUUCCUUAUUUUGACCCUGCGAGCCGUUAUUUGCCAACUUUGUGAUGCUGCUUUGAGUCAUUCGAAUGCUUUAUCGGGGGCGACGAAGCAAAGGGAAAGAGCACAGACAGAGCCAAGACGCUCCGGGGCGCUUUUGUUAAGUGCCUGCAAGCUCCGCGUAAAACUGUCGCUAGCGUCGUGAUCUCAGCAGAUCGCGACGCCGGGCUCGCAGGCACUUAACAUACACUUUUGCCAAGUGCCUGCCGGCCCCGCGCACAACUGUCGCUAGCGUCGCGAUCUCAGCAGAUCGCGACGCCAUUCGCAACUCGCCCCAAGGGGCUCGCGCGCGGGGCAAGUGGCGUCGUAUGUGCCUGCGCCAUACAUCGCCAAUGGCGUCGCGGUCUGGUGAAAUCACGACGCUAGCGACAGUUUUGCGCCGGGCCCGCAGGCACUUAACAUACAAAAGCGCCCCGGGGCGCCCUGGCUCUGUCUGUCGUGCUCUCGUUGCCCUUUGCUUCCUCGCCCCCGAUACACAAAAGUGCCGCCCGCGCGGCGCCGCUCCGGCGGCCACGCCCCUCCACCCCACCCGCGCGUCAGUUGGCCCAGCGAGAAGCGUGCGCGCCACGCCUUGCUCUUGAAUUCGCCUUCUCGCCCUCGCGCGCCAGGCGCCCGCGCCGCGCUGCAACCUUGUGCACCGAAGCCCGCAGGGGGCCCAAUGGGGCAAAUUGCCCCAGGCGUCGCGAUCUGGAGGGAUCACGACGCCCACGGCGGUUUUGCGCGGGGUGGGCACUUAACAAAAGCGCCGCGGGACGCUUUGGCUCUGUGCUCUUGCACCGGCGGAGCUUUUGUUUCCCAUGGUGCGAAAGCUCUUUGUCUCUCGAGCAACACCAACAACACUCGCGCUCGGUCGCGGUAGAUAUAGCGUUUAGGCAUUCGAGUGCUUAAAUUCACGGAAACGCAGACUGCAAUCUGCGUGAGCAAAUUUGAAAUUUGCUCUGGGCAAAUUCAAAUUUGCUCACGCAGCUGCACAGACAAGCAAUCAGUUUAGCCAUUCGAGUGCUUAACUGCUUGAAAAUAAACAAUCAUUUUAAGCAUUCGAAUGGCUAAUUGACUGGUUAUCUUUGAAGCUGUGUGAGCAAAUUUGAAAUUUGCUAAAGCAAAUUGCAAUCUGCGUUUCCGUGAAUUUAAGCACUCGAAUGCUUAAAUUGCGACUUCUUAGUUUAGGCAUUUUAAUGCUUAAACCUUAUGAACGCGAAUGCUUAAACGCUUUCCAUAAAUUCUAAACCUUUGAUCCUGCGUUUGAUCCUGCGUUUGUUUUUGAGAACGGAUACUACCCCUUUCCAAAUCAAAACACAUUAGGACCCGGGGGGACAGGAAGAGCCCCCCGGUAGCGCUAGUCUCACAUGGGUGCACACAUAAGGACGUUGACGAAGAAACACACACACACACACACACACACACACGCAAAAACACGUCGGUCAAAAAACAAAAAUAAAAUGCGUCCUGCACAAACUGCCCUGACUCGCUCACCGGAUGGAUGCGCCGCCGAGGUCCGUCGCUGCAGUAGCUUAAAUAUUAACAUAAGGAAAAAGAAAAGCAUAGAAAUAUUAGCGGCAAAGCUAUCUGUAGUGCUUUCCUGGUAGAACAGCCGCGCCACGCCGCUGAGCGGGAGACGGCCUGUCCGGUGAGUGAGUGCCCCGUCAACUGCUCGCCGGGGCGCUGCGUGGAAGAGCAGCGCCGCCGCAUGUCGAGCCGGGGAACUAGUUUGCUUUCGAUUGCCUUUUAUUUUUUAAGUUCCCCGUCAUCUCAAAUCCCCCUUAACUUGCCGCCUUACUCUUCACGGACAUGGGGGAUGACAUCAGCGCGUAGAACGGUUCGAACCAGACUCGGGCUACAAGGCCACAGGUAAACUAUCCCAGUGUCUUCCGGCCGGCCUUGACGCAAACUGACUACUAAAAACCUCGCGGUAGCUGGGGGGCGUUCUAGUCUUCGGUCUAGUUCGUCGUCCUCUACCAGGCUUGUACUACCUGAAAGGAGAACUUCGGCUAGGGCAACAAGAUAACACCAAGCAGCAUCCGCACGCAGCAUCCGACCCGAGAGUAGUCAGCCGGGCCAUUUCUGAAGGCGCUGCGAGUUGGGCGGAGAGGCAUCACGCUAGCAGUUGGACGGGAGCAAGGCCAGCGUUCUUCUGUGUGAUGUUCGUCGUAUAUUGUCUGGCCUAAUUUAUUAUGUCAGUUCUCUCUCUCUCUCUCUUAAACCUUAUGAACGCGAUUUCCUAGAUUAAGCAUUUGAAGGCUUAAAACAAAGAAUGUGCUGCGCGAUUAAAUGUUUCACGGAAGCUGCGGGCCUUACCCAAGUAAGUGCCGCGCCUGGUCAACGCCAACCAGAUUUUUGCAACCGCUGCCUCGGCGUCGCUUGGAAAUGGAGCAUACGAGGAUAACGAAGCUGUUGAUAUGCGGUGUGAGCGGGCAGUUGCAAAGUUCGUUUCGGCAGAGUAUCUCCUCCCCACCUUUUUCGCUCGCUUCCUGCGAAGCAUGGACCAAAUUGUGGAGGCGCGAAAAAAAUGACAAAACCGAUUCGAUUGCGGGCGCGAGCCGGUCUAGCUUGAUGUAAAAUGAUUUUCACAGCAUGUCGACCAGGAACAUAGAUUAAGAUUUCUUCUAAUCCAGGGCCAGGUGUUGGUGUUGAUGCUUAUUUCUCCUGCACUUCAUACUUGUGGUACGGCUUUUGUACUCAACGUAAAUUGACCAGCAAUACACAACUUGUACGAACAAUUUUAGCUUUUGGAACAAGAAUAUGGAAGCAUGCAUACAGAUACACAGAUGGAACUCCACUGGCCGUCGAGAAAAAUACUUCCAUACUCGAUGGGAACUGCUUCUAGAAUAUGUUGCAACCGGGUAAUACCGUGUACAGACAUGAGGCCAAACAUGUAGGAUAAAAAUGUUGAAAAAGCAGAUGGAGAACAUAAACACGAAGAAAAUGGAAACAGAUGCAGAAAUGGCGCAAGGUUUAUUCUGUGCCUGCCUUGUGCACCAGAG